UGAGGUGAAGCUGAAUGCCACGACGUCUUCAGAGGAGGAAUAUCAGUUAAAGGUUUCCUGCUACUAUGUGGCCAACAUCACUCGCACAUUGGCCUUUCUGACCAGGCCGCGUGACAACGAGCCUUUUGCCGAGACUGGGACGGGUCGACUAAUGGUCAGAAUGAGACUCGCUCAGGACGCCUUGUAUAACACGUUCCACCAGGAGGAGGACUAUCCAGUGGUGAGGUACCUUAGACAGCCUCUGCACUUUGAGGUGGAGCUGACCACGUCCUCUGAUCCCAAGGUAGCGCUGGUGCUUGACCACUGCUGGGCCACCCUCAACGAGGACCGCGACUCCCGACCCCGGUGGAAUCUCAUCAUUAAUGGCUGUGAGAACCCCGAGGAUCCAUACCGUGUGGUCUUCCACCCGGUAGAAGUUGACGCCAGGGUCCACUUCCCCUCUCACGUCAAACGCUUUGAGGUCUAUAUGUUUUCCUUCGCCGAGGAUGCGGUUGAGCAGAGUGGCCAGGUCUUUGUCCAUUGUGAUGUGGUCAUCUGUGAUGCCAGUAGUCCCACUGGCGGCCCCUGUAGUGGACAAUGUGUGAAUCAGGACAACCUGAAAAGAGGUCAACGACAUGUCAAAGACCUCUUUGAGGAGCGUCAUGUAUAUGUUUCUUCUGGAUACAUUCUUUGGGUGUAAUGUAUUGUUCUAACAUGACAAAUAAAGUGUUUUAUAUAAAACAAU